AUGUCGUCCUCGGGAGCUCGCUCAGGCGAGCGCAUGAUUCACCAGGACUUCAUUGCGCGAAUCCGCUUCUCCAAUGCCCUGCCUCCGCCGCCGAAUCCCCCGAAGCUGCUCGAUAUCCCCAACACCGGCCUCGCGAGCGGCCAGUACACGACGCCUGGGUUUGCAUCACGUCUGGCGCGAGAACAGCCGCUGAACAUUGAGGCCGAUGCAGAGCUGGGUAUGCCACUUGAUCUGGUGGGCAUGCCAGGCGUGUUUGAUGGAGAUGAACGAUCAAUCCAAGCAUCAUCACAGCCAUUAGCCAUCCACCCUCACGAUCGAGCCCUCCUGAGACCUAUUGCGGCCCUUGGUAAGCCCAAGGUCGCCGAAGCAAACGUCUCCUUCCUCCGCCGAACAGAAUACAUCUCGUCCCUGGUGCCGAAACGAUUCGAGGCGAAUCAUCCUAGAGCGCUGUUGGCCAAGAAUCGACGACCAGUCAAACGCCCAGAAGCAGCCGCCGACUCACCCCAGGUCAUCAAACGCAAGAUCGACAAGGGCUUCGAGCUUGCGGAACAAGAUCUCAAGGACCCCAAGCGUGUCAAGCAUCCUUCCAAAAAGCACCUCAAGCUCGUCGAAGCGGUGCCCCUGCUGCCCGACCUGGACGCGUUCCCCGACUCCGGUGCUUAUGUCACCAUCAAAUUCCUCACGAACCCCGUCUCGAGCUCCAACGAGUAUGAUAAUCGUCUCCGCAGCGGUUUGUUCAGGCCGAUAGACCGCACGCCCGCCGAGGAAGCGGCUCUUGAAGCAGCUAUGGAAGCCUACGCGCAGGAUCCCGCCAACAACCCCAAGCCGGCCAACCUGAUGAACUACGACUUCUACCUUGGCCAGACUCGUGCUGAUGCGGACCGCUUCCGCCGCAAGUUUGACGUUGAUGACCCCAGCCAUGAUGAUGAAGACCUGUACACCCACAAGGCCGACACGGGUGGCUACUUUCAGUUUAACAGGAUCAGGGCGUAUGAGACGGCUCAGGAGACGGAGCUCGAUCACCCAACCAAGUACGAAGACGAAAUUAUUCUCGCUUUCAACGAUGACGAGACCUUCCCCAAGCAAAAGGCCAUGUACUACUACCCCAUCAUGCAAAAAUCAACCAUCAGGCCCCAGCGUACCAAGAACAUUGCGCGCACAAACUAUGGUCUUUCUGAGGACGACGAGGCGCAAGUGGUCGACCAGCUGGAUCUUACCGUUGAUGAUCCCACGGAGGAGAUGAGGAGCGCCAUGAAGAUGUACUCACGGCAUCCUCUUGGAUGGGAGCAGGACGAGGGCGGUGAUGAGCAGCAACAUGUGGAGCAGUCCAUUGAGGAGGCUGAUGUCGAUGCCGAUGGCGAAGAGGCCGAGCGUAAUGGUGCUUCAAGCCCGGUUGGAGGACAGGACCGGUCUCCUUCUGCGGACCAUGACGCUGAAGGUGAUGAGGAUGAUGAUGAGGAUUGA